UAAUAAAGAAUUCGAACGCGCUUAUCGGCCAACUACUUCCGGGUCACCUCGCUCGGGUAGGACACGAAAGGAAAUUCAUUUGCAUAAACGAGAAUUCGAAGGCCCACUGAGUUGACACGUUUGUUAAUUUGUAGUAUAUAAUAUUUCCUUUUUACCACCUUUGAAAAGAUGAACACCGUUUUGUCAAGAGCUAACUCCCUUUUCGCAUUCUCUCUGAGCGUCAUGGCGGCCUUAACUUUUGGCUGUUUCAUCACAACAGCCUUUAAAGACAGAACAGUUCCUGUGGACGUCCGUGUCUCUAAAGUCAUGCUGAGGAAUGUUGACGACUUCACUGGACCCAGAGAGCGCAGUGACCUGGGUUUCAUCACAUUUGACCUCUCAGCUGAUUUGCAGCCAAUAUUUGACUGGAAUGUAAAACAGCUCUUUCUCUAUUUGUCUGCCGAGUACACAACAAAAAGCAAUUCUUUGAACCAGGUGGUGCUCUGGGAUAAGAUUGUCCUCCGAGGAGAAAGCAACAAACUGAACCUCAGAGAGACAAAAUCCAAAUACUUCUUCUUUGAUGAUGGAAACGGUCUCAGGGCCAACAAGAACAUCACUCUGACGCUGUCAUGGAAUGUCGUACCCAACGCUGGAAUACUGCCACUUGUCGCUGGGAGUGGACACAUCAGCCUUAGCUUUCCUGAUAAAUAUGAGACUCCAAAGAGCUAUUAGAGUGAAACAGAAUUUCCGUUUAUAAUUUACAGCAUAUUUCUCUCCACGGAGGCUUUUUACAAGUGCAGCCAUACUGUUAAUGUGUUAAUUAAUUCAUGUAAUUUUCGGUGAGAAAUAAAAUAAGAGACUGGAA